CCGCGGCUUUGGCAGCUCGUCUCAGUUACCAUCUCCGAUCCAAUCCCCUCGCCGCCGCCGCCGCCGCCGGCUCCUAGGGUUCCACCACCGCCCCCGUCCAUGGCGCCGCCGUCGUCGUCCGACCAUCCUGCCGCGGCCGCCGUCGAGGCCGCCGGAGCCAUCUCCAAGGUCCUCAUCGUCAUAGCGAUGCAGACGGAGGCGCUCCCGCUCGUCAACAAGUUCCAGCUCGUCGAGGCGCCCACCGACGAAUCCGUAUUCCCAAAAGGUGCUCCAUGGACUAGAUUCCACGGCAACUACAAAGGUCUCCACAUCGAUCUUGUUUGGCCUGGAAAAGAUCCUGUUCUCGGAGUUGAUAGUGUUGGUACAGUGUCAGCAGCUCUUGUGACCUAUGCUUCUAUACAAUUGUUGAAGCCAGACCUUAUCAUCAACGCUGGCACUGCUGGCGGUUUCAAGGCCAAAGGAGCAGGUAUUGGAGAUGUAUUCUUAGCAACAGAUGUUGCAUUCCAUGACAGGAGAAUACCAAUUCCCGUCUUUGACAGUUAUGGAAUUGGAGCACGGAAAACAUUUGCGACCCCAAAUAUAGUGAAGGAACUUAGUUUGAAGGUUGGGAAGCUGUCAACUGGUGAUUCUUUAGAUAUGUCUCCCCAUGAUGAGUCAGCAAUCCUGAGCAAUGAUGCUACAAUCAAGGAUAUGGAGGGAGCAGCGGUGGCAUACGUUGCUGACAUGUUCUCAACGCCUGCAAUCUUUGUCAAAGCUGUGACUGAUAUUGUUGAUGGGGAGAAGCCAACGGCAGAAGAGUUUCUGCAAAACUUAAUUGCCGUGACAAUGGCGCUGGACGUGGCUGUUACCAAAGUGGUCGACUUCAUCAGCGGGAAAUGUAUCUCUGAGCUCUGAAAAGCCCAACUCUGCCAUGGUUUUCUGGGUUCCGCAAAUUGAGGGAGCUUGUAUAUGUCAAAUCCAAGUCCCCCUGCAUUAGUCAGUGUACCAUGCUAUACAUUGCUGGCUUCAUAAUAGCUCUUAUAAUAUUAGCUGGGGUUUCCGACAUUGUUGGACUUUCUCGUGACCCCAUUAUAUACAAAUUUGUGGUGAUUACUCAGAGCCAAUGUAUCGGAUUUUGUAGGAUCUGUUGCAAAAUGUGCAGGCUUAAUAAUGAAGGCGAUGUACUGUUAAACUAGAAUAAAUGAAGAUGAUGGGCGCACUCGAAUUCCCAUGAAUUUGAAUUCAGCAGAGAGAAAGAACUCUCUGGUUUUCUGUUUUUCCCAGUUUCCAAAUGCAGUGAGUGAAUAGUUGUUGUAGUAAAGGCACUUUCCUUAUAUGUGUUCAGCCAAUAAACUGCUUCAAUUCUGA